GCUGGAAGUUUGUUGUUAUUUUUAUCAACUGUUCAGCUGGUGAUGGUUCAAAAGCGUGCUUAUUUGAAAUGUUUUUAUGAGAUAAUUUAUUCUCGAGGUAUCGAUUGUAUACCAAUUAAAUAACCUGAUCUGGUGGUUUUCAAAGAUAUUUUCAAACUAUAAUGCAAUGAGUAGAUCAUUUGUAUCCAGAGUUAAAGGAAUUGUUCCCAUUUAUAAGGAAGCUGGAAUAAGCAGUUUCACUAUUUUGAAAUGGAUAAAACUUCAUAUUGCUUAUGAAAAUUUCGGAGGCAAACAUUGGUAUAUACCACAUGUAGAGAGUUAUCGUAAUUUAGAACCGUAUGCAUCUGGUGUUUGCACUGUUGGCAUUGGAGGACCUUCUUUAUACAUUAAAUAUUUGCAGUUCUGUGAUUGUCGAUACUCUGUUAAGAUAAAGAUGGGCCAGUCAACGACCAAUGAUUUCUACAAAAGUGAUAUCAUAGAUACAAAACCAUUUAACCAUGUAAAUUUAGACGAUGUUAAAAAUGCCUGUCUCUCUUUCAUUGGAAGUCACAUUCAAGUUAUGCCUUUUGUUACAUUCAGAGAACCUUGCUCAUGGUAUGAACUGGAUACUCUUCAUAAUGAAGAAGCGGAUAACUAUGGGGAAAACAGAGAUUUAACGAGUCCGAACUUUUGGAAUGGUGAAGAUCAGAUGAGAUACAAAGUCAGAGAUGUAGUCCAUCAUCGGAGAGUUACGUGCCAUUCAAUUGAAAUUACCGAUUUCGAUCCUCCUGAUAUCUCAUUAGAAAUAUUCUGUGGUACAACAUUUGUAAUUAGAUCAUUUGUGAAAGAUUUAUGUGAAAAAUUAGGUACUUGUGGUUCAAUCGUGAAAUUAGAGAGAACUCAAGAAGGUCCAUUCACACUUGACCAUUGUAUUGACAAAACUGAUUUGUACUUGAAGUACUUGAAGCCAGCUUUACAAACCAAUACAGUGUUUUAUAUUGACCAUGUAAGGCAACAUUUAGAUAAAUUACCAUUUUAUGGUGAUAAAAGAAUUAAAAAAUAGUUAUAAUUAUAAUAAAU